AUGGCUGUCACCCUAUCAACCACUCCCUCCAUGAACAAGCGCUGGCCCCCUCUGGCCGACAAGACCUCUCUCCCCUACAAGCUCACCACCCUCUCGAAGCAAAAACUCGCCCGCGAGGCUACGGCCCCCGACCCGGAUAUCAGACGAUGCCUCGGCCACUUUCGCCUCCACUGCACGUCCAUGGAAUGGGCCCAGCGGGAUAUGACCUCUCGCAUCAACUCGUUUGACCUCGAUUCCGACUCGGAGGACGAGGAAGAGACACAUGACGAUGAGGUCCCAGAGGAGCUUGCACCGGAGGUGGUGGAGCCUCCUGUCGAGAAGGACAACACCAUUAUCAUCACUGAAUCCUCCGCUAAAGAGGAGACGACGCUCCAUGUGAGCUUUGAAGUCGUAUCAGACGUCCCUGCGUCUGCUCCUCCUCCCUCCACAUCAACAACAGAACAAGAAAAAGAGAGCCUCCUAGAAAAAGGCCGCAGUUGUCUGGAAAAGACUGUCCAGAUGAAACAUUUUUGGCCCGCCCGUGGGCCCUGUUUACCUGUUCGCAUCGCCGGGUAA